UGUGAGUUGGUGCGCGUCUGUCGUUUGACAAUAGCAAUUUGUCUAGUGCACGCGCUACUUUGGCUGACUCUGUCCGAAACCGUGAAUGUGUCGUGUUGUUCCUAUUUGUGUCGUGUUUAAUGAUUUGCAGAUUUAUUGAUAUCUGUAUUUAGAGUGAUUUUGCGAUGGUCAUCAAUGAGACGUGUAAUUUGUGAGUCACGUAUGAUUAGUACGUUGUGUUAAAUUGAAAUGGUGACUUUAGUAUUUUAAAUAGUUGAGUUUAAAAUAACCUCAGGAAUGUCUUCUGUGGAUGAGUUUGUCAUCUCACCUGCGUGGUUGGCUAAGGUGUCGGGGGCGCAGCGCGGGCGCGAGCGGCAUGCGGCCCCGGCGGCAGACGCCCAUGGAGGUCGGCUAGCGGCGCGCGCGCAGCCCCCGCGCCCGCAACCCCCGCCCCGCCCCACCGAAGCCCAUGGAACCGCUGACGUGCCUCGACACCGACCCCUCGCCUUCGAUAAGAUGGAAAGUUUGAUAAAGGAAAUGCAAGACCCAGAAACAGGUGUACCCGUAAGAAGUCAAAAACUUUUUCUCAGCGUGAUACCAUCUGCUUUUAUGGGUUACGAUCUUGUCGAAUGGCUUAUGGAACGGUUUAAUCUUGACGAGACUAGCAAUGUUGAAGCAAUAAACUUAGCCAAUCAGCUAUGCCAGUAUGGCUACUUCUUUCCUGUGAACGAUUUGAAAAAUCUUGUCUUAAAAGAUGACUCUUCUCUCUAUAGAUUUCAAAGUCCAUACUACUGGCCAUGGCAAGCACCACGUGUGGCCGGCAGUGGGUCUGGCGCGCCCACCCUCGGCCCUGACAACGUGGAGUACGCCAUCUACCUGGUGAAGCGCACGCUGCGCAACAAGCAGCGGCAUGGACUCGACGAGUACGAGCAGGAGGCUCUCGCCAACCUCAGGAAGAACCUCUCCGCCAAGUGGGACUUCAUUACCAUGCAGGCGGAGGAACAAGUUCGCCUAGCCAAAGAGCGUAAGAAAGGCGACAAAAUCGUGAGCGACAGUCAGGAGCGUGCGUACUGGCGCGUGGCGCGGCCGCCGCCCGGCGUGCCCAGCGCGCUGGAGCCGUGCCCCGUGCCCGUCCGCUCCAGGCAACCCAAGCCCAAGAAGCGGACUGUGCAGCAGCUCACGAGAGAGAUCGAACAUCUAAAAGCGAGCCUGGACCGUACGCGAGUGAAGACUUCAAUUGCCCUUGAAGCCCUUUUGGCCUACUCGGAGACCUUCGCUCCCUACGAUCCCUGGCUCACUCCGCCGCAGCCCUCCAACCCGUGGGUCAGCGACGACACCCUAUUCUGGCAAAUUAAUAGCCCUCUAGUGGAGGUGCCAAGUGAAAAGCGGGUCCAGCGAUGGGCUCUGUCUAUCGAGGAACUAGUGUCCGACCCGACGGGUCUGCAAGAGUUCACGAGUUUCCUUCGAAAAGAGUAUUCGCACGAGAACAUUCGGUUUUGGUUGGCGGUGAUGGAUCUGCGCCGGAGCAGCACCAAACAAAUACCGAAGAAAUUGGAGGAAAUAUGCGAAGAAUUUCUGAAGCCGGGAGCUCCGUGCGAGAUCAACAUCGACGGCGCCACGGCGGAGCGCGUGGCGGAGGGGCUGCGCACCGGCUCGCGGUACGCGCUGGACCACGCCGCCGACCACGUGUACGGGCUGCUGCUCAAGAAGGACUGCUACCCGCGCUUCAUCCGCUCCGAUCACUUCCAACGGCUCCUUGCCGAGGGCAGAAACGUUCAUCAGAAGAAAGCCAAAUUUUUCAACUUCGGCGGUCAAGUGAAGAAGAAGCCGGGCUCGACGAGCGGUUCAGGCGGGUCGGGCGGGUCGAGCGGCGCCGGCCUGUCGCGCCGGCGCGGCUCGGACCGCUCGCUGUCGGGCUCCGCGCACGAGCUGGCGCUGUGCGCCGCGCAGCCGCCGCGCGCGCCCGACCCGCCCGCGCACAGCCACAGCCAGUCCAACCUCACCGACAUACCCUUCAGAGAUCCCCUCGACGAUGAUACUGCGGACGUGCUGCCGUGGGAAUGUUCCUCUCGUGAAGGAGCGUACGGCGCGCGACGGCGUCAGGACUCGGCCGCGGAUUCCGGGAGCUCUUCAUCGGACGUCAGCGCGGCCGUGUGCGUCGCGGAGCGGACGCGCCGUCUGCCGCAACAGAGCACGCUGGACGGCGGGCUGCGCGGCGCUCCGCCCCCCUUGCGGCGACUAUCGGCGGUGGAGCCGAGGCACCUGGCGCCGCUGGCGUCUCCACCGCAUUCUCCUCGUCCACCGCGCCCCGCCCCCGCCCCUCGCCCCGCCCCGCAGGCGCCUCCGCAUCCGACACCUACUAUCAGCGUCAGUUCCGCACCCGAUGACGAGUCUGCUGAUUCCCCGCCGUGCACCGGCUCGCCUGAGGAGCCGCGCUCGGUGGCGCAUUCUGACGAGCCGUCUUCAGUGUUUGCGUCGGCUGACGCCACACCCACGGAGCCGUCUCGUCCGCCGAUGAGACUCGUCGACGGAUGUUUUUCCCCUCCAGAGGUCACCUAUGAAGAAACAGCCAACGUGAGUGCUGCGGCAGACGUACGCUCACAGGCGGCAAACGAGUCCGCAACUGUUGUGCCGUCGGAGGACUCUUGCGACGACUCGACGGCCUCCGCAGCAGUAUCUGACCGGCGAGAGUCUGACCGCACUAGAUCGUCCGAAGAUGAAGUCGACUCGUUGCGACGGACUGUAUCGCGAGAAGCAUCUAUCACGAAGGAAGUCGCACCGCUAGCCAAACUGGCAAUCAGUGAUAAGGUUAACGAUAACGCAACGAAUGUUGAUACUGAAGACACUGCUUCGCAUUUGAUCCAAGCCCCCGAGCAGGUGGCCGCUUCAGAAAAUGUAGCGAUUGAAGUGGUGGCGGUGAGUGAGAACGUGCAGAGCGUCCCGGCAGCGACGUGCGCGGCGGCGGAGUGUGAGCCCGCUCCGGCCGCGCCGUCGCUCGCCGACUGUGUUGCCUGGAAGCUGCCGGUGGUGCCGCUAGUGCCGGCGAUGCCGGUGAUGCCGGUGGUGCCGGCGGUGCCGCUGGUGCCGGUGGCGCCGCUCGCCGUGUGCGAGGACAUCGGCGUCGACGACGACCACGUAGACAAAGUGCCUUCGACGCCCCCGCAGCGGGUGUCGGAGAGCGGCGCGCCGGCCGCGACGCAAACUAUUGCUCACAGUGACGAACUCACGUCGGGCUCGCACUCCGACAUUGUUAAGCGUGAUAAUAAAAGUGGCAUCGGUGAACGCAAGCAGCGGAACGACAUAUGUCCGUGGGAGGACGAGAAUUCGUGUGAAAGUGAUGCUCCAUUUGUUAAAACUUACGCUACACUCGGUUAUUUAUAAUUUUGUAGACGAAUAUCAACAAUAUUUUAUUACACAGUGAAUAUAGCAACAGAAGUAUUUAAUUUUUUAACUUAGCUCUUGUGUUUUCAUUAUGACAGAUUUAGGUGAUUAUUAUGUAAUUAUAAUGAAUAUUUUAAAGUAAAUGAUCGUUAAUUAUUAGAAA